GGUAGAACGGUGCAGUGCAUUAUGGGAUUUGCCAUGAUUAGCAAUGGCGGCGAAACAGACAAUCUCUCAACUUCUGUUCUGCAGUUCUGUACUUUCAGCAGUGUUGUUGCAAAUUAGUCUAACAUUUGCCGAACAAUUGACUUGGGAUGACAAUGGUUACCUCAUGUACUGUCCUUGCAUGGGUCGCUUUGGAAACCAAGCAGAUCACUUCUUGGGGUCCCUGGCGUUUGCCAAGAUGCUGAACAGGACGCUGGUGGUGCCGCCGUGGAUAGUGUACCGCCACCAUGCACCCCCCUACACCAACGUGCAUGUGCCCUACAGUGAGUUCUUCCAGCUGGGGGCGCUGUCGUCCUUCCACCGCGUGGUGAGUUUGGAGGCUUUUAUGCAGCAGCUGGCCCCCGCUCACUGGCCCCCCGGGGACAGGGCCGCGUACUGCUUCGAGGCCGCCGCCCUCCGAAGCCCUGACAGGAAGUCCUGCCCCAUGAAGCUGUCUCUCCAGGACGGGAAUCCCUUUGGGCCGUUCUGGGACCACGUGGGCGUGGAGUUCGACCGCUCAGUCCUGUUCAGCGGCCUGUCCUUCAGUGCCUACCACCAGCACCACUGGAUCAACAGGUUUCCUCCAGGGGAGCACCCAGUGUUGGCUCUGCCCGGGGCUCCGGCGGUGUUCCCGGUGCUGCAGGAGCAUGUGGGACUGCAGCGCUACGUGGUGUGGUCGUCUCCGCUGGCCCAGCAGGGCCAGCAGCACAUCAGCACCCUGCUGGACGCCCCCUACCUGGGCAUCCACCUCCGCAUUGGCUCCGACUGGCAAAGUGCCUGUAAGCUGCUCCAGAGCGGCGAUACAGGGCCUCUGUUCAUGGCUUCUCCUCAGUGUGUGGGCUAUGACCGCCACACCGCCCUGCCCCUCACCAUGGACAUGUGUUUGCCCGGCUUGCUGGAGAUCCGCCGUGCACUCAAGCUCUGGGUGAAGAAGACCUCCGCCCGCUCCAUCUACAUUGCCACCGACUCUGAGUCCCACAGCCAAGAGAUCAACCGGCUGUUCAGGGGCAAGGUGAAGGUGGUGAGUCUCCAGCCAGACUCGGCCCAGGUGGACCUGUACAUCCUCAGCCAGGCGGACCACUUCAUCGGUAACUGUGUCUCAUCCUUCUCCGCCUUCGUGAAGCGAGACAGGGACAUACACGGCCGGCCCUCUUCCUUCUUUGGGAUGGACGUUCCUGGGAAGAUCCAGGUCAGGGAUGAGCUCUGAGCCUCCUCCGCCGUUUCUGGGACUGAUCUAGAACACCUGCUCUGGGUCCCUGUUCUACAACACCUGAACGACUCACACCUGGCUGUUGUAGAACACCUGACUGACUGUUCUAGAACACUUAACAGAGUGAAAAAUAAACACUGAAGCUCAGGUGAAAUGUUAGAAUGGCAUUAAUCAGGGAGGGAGAGAGAAGGGGGGGACGGAGAGGAGGACGACCCAGACCAAAACCUUCUCCCAGGUACCAAUGGAGCUUCAUAUUGACACGACUGUUCACAACCUGCAGACUCCUUAUCGCACACAAGCAGCAUUUAAAUGGACAAGUUGGGUAUUUGAAUGUAGAAGUAUUUGAAUUUGGUGAGUUAGGGACUCACCGUAAUUCUGUCUCUUCUGUAAUUACUGCUGUUAUAAUUUGCCUGUGUUUUGGAAUGUUUUGGUAGAAUGCCCGGUGUAUCUGUUCUCCACGGUGCCCCUGGUUGGAGUAGAAAUACCCUGUCACAUUAGUGCUCAGAUGGGUAGAUACACUGCUUUCUCUGAUCACAUACUGCAGCCCUCUGUCCUGUCUUACCUCCCUCCUCUCCUCCUCACCUUCUCCUCCUUCCUCACCUUCUCCUCUCCCCCCUCUCACCUCCCCCCUCUCUCUCCUCUCCUCUCAAAUAUGGUAAUACAUGGUGACGAAGUUGAAGAAAAAAAAACAAUAAUGUGAAAGAUUGACUGUUAAAAAUAUCUCGAACUCAUUUACUGAGAAACAAAUACUAUUAUAAAUUGUUUUAAUGAGUAAUAAAGUAAACCCCGUUUU